AUGUUUGAAGAAUUAAAGCCAGAAGAAUCAAAAAACCCAGUUAUAACGUGGCAUCAAAGAUUAAGAUCUCAAUAUAGGCCCUUAAAAGUUAUCCAAAAAGAAGAAUAGGAAAGACUAUAACUAAAAUAAGACCUAUUAGAAUAAAUUCCUAGUCGAGAACUAUUAGAAAUACCUAACCCACAGAAAUUGAUUUCUGAUAUCAAAAAUAAAAAUGGUUAUGACAAGGGUAGAUCUGUAUCUGAUUAUAACGGAUUAAAAUUAGUGGGUUUAAGUGUCUACGAUUAAGAAUUAAGUUCCUUGAAGAAAGAUCAAUCUUAAAUACAAUAGCAGUACUACUAUUAUAAGGCUCCCAAAGAAUUUAAAAUAACUGAGGAACAUUUAUGA